AUGGUGGAGGGGAAGAUGCUGGACAAAAAGAAAAAGAUUACAGUCAAAUUGGACUGGGCAGUGAAGAGUCAACUUUCCAAUGAUCCGAACCCCAGCGCCGCCUUUCCUGAAGCACCUGCCAGUACUGACACUACAUUACCGACAACAACACCAAACACUUAUCCAAAGAAAGACGGCGACGACAAAGAUCCCUCACACUUGCAUACAAUGACUAUAUGUGAGGACCAUCAGGAGACGUUGAGAUGUCCAGAGGGGCAUUUUGUAAAGAUAGAGAAAGCGUUCUUCGGCCGGGACAAUCCUGAGACCUGCGUCCCAGUUGGGACGACGCAGGACGAUCUGUGUGAGGCGACAGGAGUCGAGGAGGCCCUGAAUGAGAAGUACUGCAAUGACGGAGGUCAGGAGUGCACCAUUGUAGCCCAGAGAGACCAACUCUCGGGUGACGAUUUCAGUGACCGUUGUAGACUGACCGACACAGACACCUACUAUCUCCGCGCUCAUUACAGAUGCAAGGUUAUCCCAAAAGAACCGGAACUCCCACAAUGCACCAAGGAACACGAGGGCUACAUCCCUGGUGGAAAACUGCUCAGACGAAAUGGAUCUAAGGAGGAGUGUAAGAAACUCUGUGAGUCUUUGGCAAGCUGUGCGGCCGCCGAUUAUUUCACAUACGACCGUUCUUGCUAUAUGCACUGUGCUGAGAGAGCGUGCCAACCCCUCGUCACCAAGCCUGGCAGCUUUCAUUUUAAGAGACUUGCUUGCAACGAUACAAUUCCGAAUUCCUUUGAGUCUGCCUCUGUCGGUUCUCGUUCGUAUGGAGGUGUAAAAGUCGCCAAGACGUGCCUGGAUUCUUGCCUGAGAAAUUGCCACAACGUGACCGAGUGUCUGGCCGCUGGUUAUGACCUUAGCACCGGGGAAUGCUGGUUCUACGCAAAACCAUUCGAAGCCUGUGGCGCCACCUAUGCUUCUUCCCACUGGGCAUUUUACAAAAAGAAAGACUGUCCCCGUAUAACCUAUCACCCGUGGAGGUCCAGUCAUCGGUACCCCUGGACCAAAAGGCCCUGGAAACAGGCUACAACCACUACCCCCGUACCUACCUCUACCUAUUCAAGUGCCGGGACGAUUUCGGCGUCGACCACCGAAUCGACAACUGAGUCGACUACCGAGCCGACUACAACCGAGCCUAGGCCGACCUACAGCACUGAUCAGCUAGAAAAAAUUGUGAAGAAAAUACUGCUGAAGAUUCUGUAUGACUGGUAGUGUUUUGAAAGCCUGCAGUCCAUCGCCAUCAAUUUGAACAAUGGAGUACGUCUCUCAAAGUGUUUCCCGUCACUGCAUUAUGACAAUGGCAACAUUUAAGUGACACAACGAAAUUGCGUUUUCUCAUGUUUUAAUAUUUGUUAAGUACACGUAUUUUUACAUACUAAAUAAGCAAACUUCAUAACUAAUGCAAAUGGUUUCGAGUACUUUCAAGAGUGAAAAAUCUCGACAGUUAAAAUAUCCAUGAAACCGUACAAAUAUAGCUCAAAUGCCCUUGUACCUAGCAGCUGUUUUUAAAUGGCGCAUUUAGUUUGGAAGUAGGCUACAUUACAGUUAACACUAACUAAAUACUACACAAUGUUGCCGCCUGUAUAAGGACAGUGUUACAAUGAUCUGCAAAUUGGGAAUACAACUCCGAAAGAAAAGAAGAGCAUAUAGCUACACAUGUAUGAGUACGGCCAACGGUGGUGAAUAUUUUAUGCACAAAACCAGUCCCUCAAUAAAACAUAAGUGCAAAGUAUGUCGUAUGCUAACACAUGCAAGGUUACCGAACAAGUGUAUAUUUCAAGUCCUCAAGCAAGUUAUAAGAAAGGACGCACGCUGCAGGCUACUGAAA